UGACGGCGGUGAAGAAAGGGGGUGACUGGCGUUUCGGGGUUGAGGCGCUGGGCGGAGCGAGCAGGAUAGGAGGAGCCGAAGUGUUCCUAUUUGCUUGGGUAAAAGAAAAAGAAGUAUUAUGACCAAGACUUCACAGAGAAAGCCACGUGACUGUAUGAGCCAAUGCAAAUCAAGGCCUGGCUUGGGCACCUCAAUCCCCUUGAGGAUGUCCAGUUACCUAUUCAAGAGGCCAGUUACUAGAGUUUCAGCCCACCCUGGCAAUGAGGUUAGAUACCACCAACGGGAGGAGAGCCUGGACAAGCCCCAGCAGGUCUGCUGGCAGAAGAGAGUGCAAGGACUGCAGGCCUACAGCAGUGCAGGUGAACUUCUGAGUACUUUGGAUCUCACCAAAGCCUUGCAAAAGCUUGCAUCGAACUGCACGGGUGCUUCCCUGCCAGGGGCUCCUGCCGUACCUGCCCAUGCCCCGUGUUCACCUUGGUCAGAGGUGAUCCCUAGGGCGGAUCUGGGUCUCUCACAGCUCCUCUACAGGCAAUUUCUGGUGAGUGAGGAAGAUAUUAGAACACAGGAAAAGAAAGUGAAGGCGGCAAGAGAGAGGCUGGCGAUUGCUCUGAUUGCAGACAGACUAGCUAGUGAAAGAGAGAAAGUGAGAGGAACGAGAGGAGAGUACUGAAAAAGAUUGAGGAAAGAAGAAAAAGAAGAAGAAAUGCAGAUGGAAUGGAGCUUGAACCCAUGUUAACAUCUUUACAGUGUCCAAAAAAAUUUUUUUUUGCUCUGAGCUAUUGAAACUUUCAAAUGCACUGAUGCUUCUUUUUAUUAAACUUCUUUGUGCGA